GCUGCUUCCAGCCCACGCCUACUUUUAAUCGCUGUACCAUAUCCGAGUCGCUCUCUUCCUUUUUUCGCUCCCCCCGCUGGCGCAAUGUACGCCAGCAGAGCCGCCUCCCGUGCAGCGCCCGCCGUCUUCAGGGCGGGCAUCAGGACCACCACUCGCUCCCAUCGCCCCAUGCUGAGGAGCUCGCCUGCAAUCCGCAUUCUGAUUCCCCUCCGCGCCCUCCAGACCGAGUCGACGUCAUCCAACGCUGCACAGAACUACCCGCCCCCUGGCUUCGAUCCUAAAAAAGCAAGCCAGCCACUCUCCCGCCACGACCAGGACAAGGCCCCGCAACAAGCAAAGCCGCAGCUCGAAAAGGACACCAUUAUCCCCAAGUCGGGCCCCACCGCGCACCCCAAGACACAAGCCCAGGACGUGCAAACCGUCCGUGAGCUGGCGGCAGACAAGGCAGCAGCCGAGACCAAGGAGGAGAAGAGGAUCAUCUCCAAGAGAGACGAGGAGAAGAAGAAGCUGACCGUCUGGCAAAAGGUCAAGAAGGAGCUGGUGCACUACUGGGACGGAACCAAGCUGCUUGGCUUCGAGAUCAAGAUCAGCUCCAAGCUCGCCUUGAAGAUGGCCGCUGGCUACGAGCUCACGCGACGAGAGCGCCGGCAGCUGCAACGCACAGUCCAGGACCUCGCGCGCCUGGUUCCCUUCCUGCCUUUCGUCAUCGUGCCGUUUGCCGAAUUGCUUCUUCCCGUAGCGCUCAAGCUGUUCCCCAACAUGCUUCCCAGCACAUACGAGGGCCAGAAGGCCAAGGACACAAAGGCCCAGACACUGCGCGCGACCCGCAAGGACGUUAGCGACUUCCUGCGCCAGACACUCAAGGAAACCGGGCUGCCCGUCUCGCCCGAGAAUGCCCAGACAGCCGAGUUCAGUGAGUUCUUCCGCAAGGUGCGCACGACGGGCGAGAAGCCUACACCAGAGGAGAUCAUCAAGGUCUGCAAGAUCUUCAAGGAUGACUUGACCCUCGACAACCUGUCCCGCCCGCAACUCGUGUCCAUCUGCCGCUACAUGAACAUUACCUCGUUUGGUACCGACAACUUCUUGCGCUACCAGAUCAGAGUGCGCAUGCGCCAGAUCAAGCGUGACGACCGGGCCAUUGCCUACGAGGGCGUCGACUCGCUUUCCGUCCCUGAGCUCCAGACUGCCUGUGCAAGCCGCGGCAUCCGAACAUAUGGCGUUUCACCCGGCCGGUUACGGGAUGACUUGACGAGCUGGCUUGACCUCCGUCUCAAGCACGGCGUUCCUUCUACGCUCUUGGUUCUCUCCAAUGCUUUUGUAUACGCCCAGGGCAAGGAGUCGGAAAUGACGUCUCAGAUUGAUGCCUUGGAAGCUGUCUUGUCCAGUAUUCCCGAGGAGCUGUACCACGAAAUGGAUCUUGAGGUCAGCAGUGCUGAAGGCGCCGCCACCAACAAGCAGCGUCUCGAAGUCCUCAAGGAGCAGCAAGAACUCAUCAACGAGGAGAACGAACAGACCGAGACUGUUGAGAACAAGGCCACUGCCUCCCCAAAUGACCACGAGAACAUUGACGAGGCCGAGAAGCCUGCCAGAGAGGCACAAGAGGCAAAGGAGGCCAAGGCUGUUGAGGCGAGCGAAGCCGAGGCUAGCACCGUCGGCACUUCGGAUGGCAGUGCUGAGCGAGCCGAACAGGACGACCGUGCAAGGAAGAUGGAUGAGCCUACUGGCAAGGCCGAGAAGCCUGUGGACGCACCAAAGAGGGAUUAGAAUGGGUCUCGACCAAACAAUGCCCCACUCCCUCCUUUGUGGUCCAUAGCUACGAAUCCCAAUGGCGUCUUUGUCAAAGAAAGGUGCAUAUAAAAAUACCCUCUGCUCAUUCACUGGAUGAGAUUAUAGACUUGUACAUAUACAGCGAGACUACCGCACAUGAAUUAGAAAGAAUUGC